AUGUUGGAAAUUAAUAUGUUUGGGACGAAACUACGAAACAUGAGGCUUGACGUCAUAUCUUCAGACAUAGAGGGCAACUACCCCCAAUGUCAUGAUGACUCUGUAACGCUGUCCGCAAUGCUUCCUCCUCCUGCUAAAGUUUGUGGUCCACGAUUUCUCAAUGCAACUACAUAUCCAAACUUUCUCCAGUCUCCAGGAUACCCUGCGAUAACUCAGAACGGGUUAGACUGUGUUUGGGUAAUCACGGCGUCUGAACCUCAAAUGAUGGUGCGCAUCGACGUCAUUGACUCGGACGUACAGACGUCAUUCGAUUACCUCAGCUGCAAAGAUAGCCGCGUCACAGCCUUCAAUGGACCUUCCGUCUUUAGUAAUACGAUAUUAUUCUGGUGUGGUGUGUCAAGGCCGAGUCUCCAGAGUACAGGACCAGCUAUGACAGUUCAGUUCACUACACAGAAUUCAAAUGAGAAGAGAGGCUUCAAACUGAAAUAUUUGGAAACAAAUGAGACAUUUAGGUGCGGAGGAAUAGUCAACGUUACCACAAAUGAGGAUACAAUCUUGGGAGGGCCAUAUGGAGGUAUACAAGACUGCCACUGGACUAUACAUGCACCAACAAACACAAACAUUCAGGUUGAUAUCACUAACGUGGAAGGUCCCAUCAUCCGACCACCAUGUCAUUCGUCUUACCUUGAACUUUACGAUGGCAUCAAUACUCUAGGUAACAAUGGCUCCACUACUCCUGGGAAGUGGUGUGGGAUAUUUAGCAGUCAAUACAUCAGUUCAGGAAAUAUCAUCACCGUCAGAGUGCACAUCGAAGACUGGAGAUAUGAUGGAUUACAGCUGUAUAUCAGGGCUGGACACUUCAAUGUUUCAUCGAACGAAGUUCUUUCAGCUUAUUUUGACAAUACAAUUCUUACGUCGCCAAAUUAUCCAUUCGAUUGCCCAAGGCUCACAGAGUCUACGUGGAAGAUUGAAGGAGGUGAUAGAAACAGCUACAUCAAAAUCACCGUUCUGAAGUCAAUCCUAGACAAUUCUGAUGGGUGUCGAAUUGACUAUAUGGAAGCGUUUGAUGGCCCUGACUCCAAUGCCCCCUCGCUUGGCCGCUGGUGCGGGGAAAGUACACCAACCAAAACCGGCUCUGCUUCUACAAUGUACCUGAAAUUCAAGUCUGAUUCAAGUUACAAUCUCGGCAGAAGAUUCAAGAUUCGCUAUAGAUUGGAAUCUCGUUUGGAUCCUACUGGUACUGGUUUCUCGCUAGUUUGGCGAAUUGUUGUGUGUUGUAUUUCGGGCAUAGUUGUGGUGGGAAUGAUCGUCAUAACUAUCCGGCUACGAGCCAAUCGGAAAAGACAGCCACUGACAACCCAAAAAUAACAGAAGCCAUCAUGGACACAACGUUAUCCAGUCUCCAGUCUUCCCAGGACCGAUUGCCACACAGAGAUCAAUCGCAGUUUAUAUCUUAUGUCUAGUACUGUGCAGUGUAUAUAAAUAAUGGAGCUAAAUUUACCUCAAUCGUGUAUAUUGAAAAUUUUAUAAUAUGUCCAUUACCUUCAUUUAGUUUGGGGUCAUUUUUCUUUCUGUAUUGUUACAGAUUAAUAUUUUCAAUGUAAUCAGUUUCCGUGUUUGUAAUUCAGAGUGAGUGUCCGUUUAAAUGACACUGGGUAGCUGUUGUGUACAUGCUCCUUAUCCUGGUCAAGGACAAAGCUCAAUGCUCUGUAAUCAAAUGAUAUCGAUGACUGCUUUACACUUCAAAUCGAAUCUGAUCAAGAGGAAAACAAUCAGCACAUACUAAAGCUAACAUGUGAAGCAACAAGAUCACUUUUUGUAACAUACUUGUGUUAUGCAUGAUUCUACGUCUUCUUAUGGAAUGCAUCAUAUAUUGAAUGUUUAUGUAUUGUUUCAUUUAUCUCCAUACUUAAUAGAAAUGAUAACAUUUGUGUCUGCUUUGGUUGGUGAGAGGAGUGUGAUUUUCUGUGUAGAUUAAUACGUCGAUAAAUAAAGAUUUGUAAAAGAAA